AGACACCACGUGCUGCGUAUAGCAUGGGUUGUGGACCUUCCCAACCCGUCGAAGUACAGAGACAAUUCCCUGCGCCCCGGAAGGGCUGGCUAGAGGAGAUCAAGGCUGAUGCUGGUCAGACUCACCCAGAGAACGACUGCAGCCCCCAGAGGAAAGCUGCAGAGCCCAAGGACCAUGUGCAUGGUGCCGAAGACAAGGCAAAGGGGGCCCAGAUGGGAAGCUUACCUGGAACCAUUCCAGAAAGCUCCCCAUCUCCAAGUGAAAGAAACGGAGGAGUACCUUCAGAUCUAGUAUCCAGUGGCUUGAUCAGUAAACCCCAACACCUGGAGAGUCGAGAGCGGCAAAGGUCAUCAGACAUCCUGGAGGAGCUCAUUGUUCAAGGAAUCAUACAAAGCCACAGUAAAGUACUCAGAAAUGGAGAAGCGUAUGACGUCACGGUGAACCUGACUGGGAAGCCUCUGAGAAAGCCACCAGCCAGAUUGAAGAAACUUAAGAUCAAAGGGGAGGUGAGGGACUUCACCUUGAAGGACAUCCAAGAGAAGAUGCAGGCGGCAGAGGGGCGCAGGAAGACUAAAGAGGAAGAAAUAAGGAAACGACUGCGCAGUGACCGGCUUUUGCCCUCCGAUCAACGUCUGGACGCAGUGGAAGUGGGUGGGGGCACCACUCCCUUUGCCAGGGGACUGAGGACUGUGAGCUCUGCUGGACUGGAGCCAUCUGACAGGCAGGGAGGGGAGCCACUGAGGAGGAAGAAGAGCAGGGGUGAGGCAGCCUCGAGCGAUUUGAAGCACAGUUAUGAAGGGAUGGGUGUCGUGGAGUCAGACAUGUCCUACAACCAAGCAGAUGAUGUCUUCUACUAA